AUGAAAGCUUUUCGAAAAAGCAAAAGGAGGAUGAAGAAAAAACCAGAGAAACACAUCCGACGUUACAUCAAAGACGUCGAAGACUAUUUGGGAGUUGGCACUGAUGGAGCCUACGUCCUGACCGACUACACGAAGAAGCUGGCCUGGGGCAAGCAGCGCACAUUGAUGCGGUACCACUAUGCUUUGUCAGACCUUCUUCACACGAUCUUGAAGGGAAAGAUGCAGCUGGCAGGCCUGAAGGUGACCCAGCUCCUUCGAGCGACACACCAAGCAUCAUUAGAUCAAGGCGACUGGCGAGCAGCAUGGCUCCUUCUGGAUCUGCCAGAUCCAAUGGAGCGCCCACGCUUCGGUGGCGAAGCACAACAGCUGGAAUUGGUAGCCAGUUAUGUGACAGCCAUGGCGAACCUCGAGAAGAAAGGAAGAUGGCAAUCCCAUCGAGGCAACGAGGAAGAUCCAGCUCUAGGAAAAGGAAAGGGAAAGCGAAAAGGCAAGAAGGGCGACAAAGAAGAAGAACCGCGACGGGAGUGGACUGCCCUUCAUGAGAGCUAUGCUAGGCAGAUCGAAGUUUUGACACUCACCCUAUUGAAGCAUGGCCUUGCCUCCAAAAAGGUCGUGCCUCAUGCCUCACUUCAAAGGCCCUUGCAAAGCUACCAGCUCUUGAAAGGCGUUCAGUCCUUUAGGCUCCUGCGCGGGCUUUGUGACCUCCAGGAUUUUUGCAGAAGGUUUGCUUGUGCCAGUCUGCGACAGUUGUUGAAACUUCCCAAGCUCGCAGACCACGAGUUUUCUAAGUAUGUCAUGAUGAAAUAUGAAGAUGGUAGGAACAGCACACGUUCUACCGUGAAGCACGCCCUGCUGGGCUGUCAGCACUUAGCGCCACAGUUGAAAGUUGCGCCUGAGCGGCUUCAAAAAGCAGCCAACAGAUACACUGGUGAUGCGGAUUUCCAAAAGUUUGCCAGAUCCUACGUGCUGUUGGAAGAGUUGCAGGCCGCGGAUGAGCCUGCUGCUUGUAUCCCAGUUUUGCCCAGCGCGCAAACUCAUUCCAUGGAAGUGGAGCCAAAGUCGUUGUUGAGACGCUCGACCAACGCAUGCUGGAAGUUGUUCGUUUAUUGCUUGAAGUACACGUACGUUCGUUUGUUCUUUUUGUUUUUUCUUAAGCUCGGCCUGUUGAUUCGACAUUCCUUUUCAAAAGCAGUUGGCAGGCUCAUGGUCACCACCGUCAGAUUGAAACUGCGUCGUGCCAUUUCUUUUGUAGUGAUGAUCUUGGAGGGAAAUUUUGAUGAGCUUGUUUAUCAGCUGGGCUUGUUACUGCAUGAAUCUCCACCACAAGGAUUCUCAAUGCCUGAGGGUCCAGCAGAGGCUUUCAACUUGGCGUCGAUGCACUUCACUCGAGCCUUGUCGAUUUGUGCCCUUUGGAAGGCCAACGUUAGCCCAGCUUGGCUGAGCACACAAGAACCGCUGUCGCUGCGAGGAUCCGCAAAGCCUUUGGAGAUCAAAGGCCUGGAUGGAUCUACCUUUGAGUUCCAGGUUGACGAUGAUGCAACGGUGGAAAAAGUGUACAAAUACAUCUUAGAGAAGACUGGGCUAAAAACGGGCAAGAAAUUGUUGCUGACUUCGGGCUGCACUAUCCUGGAUCAUUCCAGACCACUCCUGCAGCAAGUGCAGGGUGGAGAAAUCAGUUUCAUUGUCCAAAGCAUCACUUUGAAUGACUUUGCAAAAAGCUUUUGGAGCGCCAUCGAAGCUGACACCAAAGAAAGUCUGACUGCUGAAGAUGUGAACACACUACGUGCAGCUGCAAUUGUUUCAAUGCACUUGGGCGCAGAUUUCCAUCAGAGUUUGGCAGAUGUCACGUUGCCGAGCAGCCUGCAGACCUUGACCUUUGGUGGGGAUUUCAAUCAGAGUUUGGCACGGGUCACAUUGCCAUGCACCCUGCAGACCUUGACCUUUGGUGCGGGGUUCAAUCAGAGUUUGGAAGGUGUCACGUUGCCAAGCAGCCUGCAGACCUUGACCUUUGGUUGGUCGUUCAAUCAAAGUUUGGCAGGUGUCGCAUUGCCAAGCAGCCUGCGGACCUUGACCUUCGGUCGGCUGUUCAAUCAGAGUUUGGCAGGUGUCACAUUGCCAAGCAGCCUGCAGACCUUGGCCUUUGGUUGGGAUUUCAAUCAGAGUUUGGCAGGUGUCACGUUGCCAAGCAGCCUGCAGACCUUGACCUUUGGUGGGGAGUUCAAUCAGAGUUUGGCAGGAUUCACGUUGCCAAGCAGCCUGCAGACCUUGACCUUUGGGGAGGGGUUUGAUCAGAGUUUGGCAGGUGUCACGUUGCCAAGCAGCCUGCAGACCUUGACCUUUGGUGGGGAGUUCAAUCAGAGUUUGGCAGGUGUCACAUUGCCAGGCAGCCUGCAGACCUUGGCCUUUGGUUGGGAUUUCAAUCAGAGUUUGGCAGGUGUCACAUUGCCAAGCAGUCUGCAGACCGUGACCUUCGGUCGGCGGUUCAACCAGAGUUUGGCAGGUGACACGUUGCCAAGCAGCAUGCAGACCUUGACCUUCGGUCAGCGGUUCAAUCAGAGUUUGGCAGGUGUCACGUUGCCAAGCAGCCUGCAGACUUUGACCUUGACCUUUGGGGAUGGGUUUGAUCAGAGUUUGGCAGGUGUCACGUUGCCAAGCAGCCUGCAGACCUUGACCUUUGGUGGGGAGUUCAAUCAGAGUUUGGCAGGUGUCACGUUGCCAAGCAGCCUGCAGACCUUGACCUUUGGUGGCGGGUUCAAUCAGAGUUUGGCAGGUGUCACGUUGCCAAGCAGCCUGCAGACCUUGACCUUUGGUUGGUCGUUCAAUCAAAGUUUGGCAGGUGUCGCAUUGCCAAGCAGCCUGCAGACCUUGACCUUCGGUGAGCUGUUCAAUCAGAGUUUGGCAGGUGUCACGUUGCCAAGCAGCCUGCAGACUUUGACCUUUGGGAUUGGGUUUGAUCGGAGUUUGGCAGGUGUCACGUUGCCAAACAGCCUGCAGACCUUGACCUUUGAUGGGGAGUUCAAUCAGAGUUUGGCAGGUGUCACGUUGCCAAGCAGCCUGCAGACUUUGACCCUUGGUUGGGAUUUCAAUCAGAGUUUGGCAGGUGUCACAUUGCCAAGCAGCCUGCAGACCUUGACCUUUGGUGGGGAGUUCAAUCAGAGUUUGGCAGGAUUCACGUUGCCAAGCAGCCUGCAGACCUUGACCUUCGGUCGGCUGUUCAAUCAGAGUUUGGCAGGUGUCACAUUGCCAAGCAGCCUGCAGACCUUGACCUUCGGUCGGCGGUUCAAUCAGAGUUUGGCAGGUGUCACAUUGCCAAGCAGCCUGCAGACCUUGGCCUUGGGUUGGGAGUUCAAUCAGAGUUUGGCAGGUGCCACAUUGCCAAGCAGUCUGCAGACCUUGACCCUUGGGAAAUGGUUUGAUCAGAGUUUGGCAGGUGCCACAUUGCCAAGCAGUCUGCAGACCUUCACAUUGGCAGGCGUCACAUUAGUCCAAGCAGUCUGGAAGCCUUGACUACUGGGUGGUUCUUGAAUAUGCCUUUGGACUCAGGUUUUUGUCGCCGUAGUGUGCGACAAAUUUGUUGGCAAGCGGCAGGGUGCAUUACUUAGACCUUUUCGAAGACGAAAAACGGGGAGAUGGACUGGAUAAUGCCGAAAACAAACGUUCCAAAAACAUUGGGGUACCGUAAACUUUGGGGCGUCCCUGGGAUGGUGACCAUGUGGUCAGCUGAUAACUUUGGUCCUGUUUCCCAGUCACAUAAGUUGUGCUGGUCAACUUCAGAUGAUGAACCCAUCCAAUG